CGAAUGUUUUGGUUUAGGACGAAGUGAUGGGAUAUUGACAAGACAAGGAAAUUACUUUGUCGUCAUCAGUUUCCCAUGUAAAGCUAUUGGAAUUUUCAUAAACCACGAGGAUACCCGUCAGUAAUCAAGAUGGGUAAUUGUCUGAAGUCCCCUAACACGGACGACAUCUCGCUGUUGAGAGGAAGCGACGCUGGGCCAGAAGUAUCAUCAGACCAGUCUGCGAAUAUGGGACCACCACCACCGUAUCAGGAGUCUGUACCCAUCUAUCAUCCGUCACCUAAUGUUAGCAGGCCAGCUAACCAAUUAACUGAAGAAGAACAGAUCAAAAUAGCCCAACGAUUAGGCCUUAUUAAUCAUCUGCCAACUGGUGUAUUUGAUGGCACCAGUAAAAAGGCCAAAGAGUGCUGUAUAUGUAUGGAAGAAUUCCUAUUAGGUGAUAUGUUACGAUUUUUACCGUGUAUGCACACAUACCACAAGGAUUGUAUAGAUGAUUGGCUAAUGCGAUCUUUUAUUUGUCCAUCAUGUUUGGAACCAGUUGAUGCAGCACUAUUAACGACGUAUGAAACAAGCUGAUGUGAUAAACAAUGAUCCUGGUGCUAUAUCACGGAAACAAACCUUGUAAACAGUUUGUGAAGUGAUGAAAACAUUGAUACAACAAUAGAUAACUCUAUAAAAAUAUUCAACUAGUUUAUCGGUAGGUUACUUUUAAAAAAAAAACAUUGAGAAUUUGUUCAGUACAGCACAAAGAUCAAGCCUUGUUGAAUAACCAUCAUCCUAACUUACACAUAUAAUAGAAAACUGAACUUAUACAGACAGUAUGCAUUCAAUGACUUGUGAUUUUUUAAACCCAGUUUAAUGGGUUUGUUUAGCAUUUGUACUUCGAUAAAGAUAGUGGAUACUUAUAACAAUAUACUGUUAUCUAUAUUGAUUGACAUAUGGCUAUUCUUUGUAGGUGUAGAUAUGUAACAAAGGUUAAUAUUUAUAUAAUAUGCAUGCAUUGAAACAAAAAUCACAUGUACAGGAGACAAUAGGCAAGCCUGAACAUAAGGCACCUGUCACAGGCAUUAUCAGACACAAAAUAUUGCACAACAUUAUAUGUUACAUACAGGUAACAAUUCUAUGGAAGUGAAUUACUGCUUAUUACUGAGCGACAUUUUGACUAGGCUUCUCUAGUCAUUAUCAAGCAAUGAUAAAAUAUGAAAA